AUGGCACAGCUAAAGGGAGACCCUGCACUUACAGAGGGGCAAGAGACUCACAGAAAGGACCAUAAAGGCUCUGGGGCCCCACAGGGGGCAUUUAGGUCCCUGGGGGUCCACGGAGGCCUCUCUUCCUUUGUGCCCAGGCCUGGGCUUCUGCAGAGAGCCCUCCCCCGGGAAGAGAGGUCAGAAGACCCAUGCAAUAAGUCCCCCAGCUCCCAUAGGAGCUCCUGCCCCACUCGAAAUGCCAUCACGAAUUCCUACAGUUCCACCAGGGGCUGCCACCCAGUGCAGAGGAGGAGGGCUCUGGCCACAAGUCAGGCCUCACGGCCCCGGAGGUCCCCCAAAAAUGUCAGCCAAGAGAGCCCCUUGUGUCCUGCCGGAGUGCCUGCACUUUGCGAGAAGAACCAGCUAGAAAAGGAUGCUGAUACCACCACGGGGCAGAAGGCAAUGCAGAGGAACUGCUCAUCCCCAGCGGACUGUUCCAGGCCCCGAAAACGCAAGGUUCGUCUGCUGCCACACAGGCGAGGGGAGCCUCUGAGGCUGCCACCACCCCCUGAGCUGGGGUUUCGAGUGACUGCUGAGGACCUGGACUGGGAAAAGAGAGCUGCUCUCCAGCGCAACCAAGAUGCUCUUCGAGGGGACACAGAGGCUACCUGCAGCUGUGGCCCAAGUUUGCCACACAGUGCCUUGGCCCUGUCUGCUGCAGUGGCAGCUCCCCUGCCAGCCUCUGACACCCAGGUCACCUCCAUGGACUGCUCCCCUUCUUCCCAGCCUCUCCUCUUGUGGUCUCACCCUGGCUGCAGUGGGAGCAACUUUGCAUCUACCCAGGCCCUCUCGACGCCAUCCAGGGACAGCAUGGCCUCAGUCACAGUUCUCCCAGGGCUGCCUGAGCUGCCUGGGGGUAGGGGCAACCCAGGAUCCACUGCCCAGGCCCCACUCGGGGCUGUUGGAGGGCAGUGGCCCAGAGCCAGCACCCUUCACAGCUCUCCCCAGCAUGGAGAGCCGGCAACUCAGGCUCCAGACCCACUCCAGGCCCUGAGCACAGCUCUAGCCCAGCUGUCCUUGGGCAGUGGCACCCAGGCGGGUUAUGUGGUUCCCUUACCCUCAUCUGCCUCCCGGGGCACCCGUGCCAGUGCCCAGCCAGGUUCAGCUACCUCCCCUGCUGUACUUGCCCCUGGAGCGGCCGCUGCUCCCGGCUUGGCAGCUGCCCCCCAGGUGCCCGGCACCCUGUCCCAUGCUGGGCCCAACAGCCAGCAGCCCGCCCCCCAGCUGGCAGCACAAUGCCGGCCCCCAUCAGCAUGGGGCUUUUGGCAGCACCCCCAGGUUUGGGGAGAGGAGAUGAUGUUGCAGACCUGUGCUCCAGCUUUGGGGCUCUCAGCAUCACAGCAGGAACGAGCAGGGGCCCCAAGCAAGCAGCCUUGCCACCAAGACCCCCUCAUCCCCUGCCCAGCACCUGAUUGGAUGCAAAAGAGCUGCACCAUGCAACAAGCCAUCUUCCUCCACAUCACAGCCCACUCCCUUGGGGCCCAAGAGGCAGGAGCUUGA